CCGGCCCUUUUUACUGAUGGUCCCCACACCACCCAGAGAGUCUGGCUUCUCAAGCCCAGUGUUCUCCUCGUCUGACCCGGCUCCCGCAGAGGCCUGGCCGGGAGUGGAUGCUCAGUGAGGAAGAGCAGGCCUGCAGGCCACACUGAGGUUUAGGGAUAAAACGAGAGCAGGGUACAAGAGAGCCUCAGGACUAUAGCCUCGGGGAUGCGUCCCCAGCCUGGAGGGUGAGUGGACUCACCGAAGCUGCAAAGACCGGGUUCCGGCGUGCUGGCUGCAGCAAAUCACUACAGCAACGCGCGGGCCUCGCGGGACUGGCUCGCAGCUCUUGAAUCCCGACGUCAGGGGCGGGGUCUGGACCCUCCUCCAGUCCGCAGAAACUGAUGGCACAGGGCCCCGCGCGGAGUCAUCACCAUAGCAACGUGAGUCUCUCGGGGCGCGAAGCUUUGCACAGCCUGCUCAGAGACUUCCGGACUCCACUGGAGCGCCCAGGCUCACCAUGACAACCAGGGCGGCUUUCUGCGCCUGCGCCUUGGCCCUCUAGGGCGAUGACCAGGAAGCUGCAGACGCUGGCAGUCUCCUAGCAACCAGGUCGCCUGGGAAUGGAAUCAGCGCUCUGGCUGGCAGAGACACCAGGAGAGACUACAGGCACUGUAAAGCAAGUGAGGCAGCUGCAGCGCCGGUGAUUUCUAUAGAGCUUCGUUUUCAAAGCCCUUUGGCAGGUGUGGAAAGAUGGCUCAUGCCCGGAUCUCCACGUAUAUGCCUCCCGACAUCGACCCCACAAAGGCUGCCAUUGCUUAUGGCUGUCGGGCCUUGCCCAAGCUUAAUGAGGAGCUGCAAUCACAGAAUCUCCAGACAAGGCAGAAAGCCCUAGUGGCUCUGUGUGACCUCAUGCACGAUCCUGAGUAUGUCUAUGAGGCCAUCAACAUAGGCUGCCUGGAAAGCCUGAAGGCCCUGCUGAAGGAUGAUGAUAACCUGGUACGGAUCAAGACCACCGAGGUGCUGCACAUCAUGGCCACCCAUAACGUAGGCAGAACUGGCUUCUUAGAGCAUGACAUCAUCCUAGCCCUGUCACACCUGCUGGAUGAUCACCAGAUCACCUGCCGGGAGAACCUACACCAGGCAUACAAGCAUCUGGCACAGCUGCCGGCAGGUGCUCAGGGCAUCGUCAACAGUGGCCUGAUCCCCUCGCUGGUGUGGAACCUGCAUUCAGAGGAGGAAUACAUUCAGGAGAUCAUCUUGGACACUCUGGCACCAUGCCUGCAGGAGGAUGCCAGCGAGGCCCUAGAUAGCCACGCUGUGCCCUGUUUUAAGGAGAAGCUCCUCAGUGAGAACCGCCAAAUCCGCAGCAAGGCUGCUCGGGCACUCAUUGCUAUCAGCGUCCCCUUGGAGGGCAAGCAACAGGUGUGGCAGCAUGAAGUCAUUCCUGUCCUGGUGGAUCUGUUGAUGGACCCUGAUGAGGAGGUACAAGGCAAUGUGGCUGGGGCCCUGAUGCACGCAGCAGUGACCACUGAAGGGAAAUAUGCGGCCCUGGAUGUGGAUGCCAUCGGUCCGCUCCUGGAGUUGCUCUGUUCCACAACCUCGAACAAGGUGUGUCUGAAUGUCAUCAAAUCCCUCACCAUGCUGGCUGAGGCCCCUGAGGGCCGCAGGCUACUGCAGUCCCACCUGCCUACCCUCCGUGUCUUCCUGCAGCACAAAAAUGAAGCCGUACAGCGGGCAGUCCAAAUAGCCAUCAAAGUGAUUGAGUGGAGGCCAUAACUUCCUUUCGGGCCAGACCCGAGAGGCUGUCUGUAGGCCUGAA